AACAUUCCCUCAUUAUAAAAACACACCACCUAUCGAUCACAAAACACACACCAUUCUUUCUUCGCAUUUCUCUCCAUUCAUUCUUUCAUUCAUCGCAAAUGGCUCUCGAGAUCGCUGUUAAGGCCGCCGUUGGUGCUCCGACUGUUCUCGGAGACUGUCCAUUUUCACAAAGAGCACUGUUAACUUUGGAAGAGAAGAAGGUCCCAUACAAUAUUCACCUAAUUGAUGUCUCUAACAAACCUGCAUGGUUUUUGGAAGUGAAUCCAGGAGGGAAGGUUCCAGUGGUUAAGUUUGAUGGAAAAUGGGUUCCUGAUUCUGAUGUUAUUGUGGGGAUUCUUGAAGAGAAAUACCCUGAACCACCACUUGUUACUCCUCCUCAAUUUUCAUCAGUUGGAUCAAACAUAUUUGGGACUUUUGUGAGCUUUUUGAAGAGCAAGGAUUCAAAUGAUGGAACAGAGCAAGCUUUGCUUGCUGAACUGAAUGCUUUGGAGGAACAUCUUAAGGCCAAUGGUCCAUAUGUUGCUGGUGAGAAGGUCUCUGCUGUUGAUUUGAGUUUGGCACCAAAACUUUACCAUCUAACGGUUGCUCUUGGCCACUUCAAGAAAUGGACUAUUCCAGAGAGUUUGACUAAUGUUAACAACUACGUCAAGCUGCUCUUCGCCCGUGAAUCAUUUAAGAAAACCAAGGCUGAAGAGAAAUAUGUCAUCGCCGGAUGGGAACCAAAGGUCAAUCCAUGAAGUAGCUCGAAACUAUGAGUUUAAUGAACAACACCAGACAUGCACUAUGAUAUGAAGUUUGUUAAGAAAUAAGAAUAGUAUGUUGUAAUUUAUCAUUUUAAACGGUUGAAGUAGUAUGUUGUUCUCUUCUAUAAUAAAUGCGUGGUUUGUUCA